GUGGCUGUCACACAACUUUGCAUACAGACAGCAACUCAGCUGGACCAACUGGAGUGCAAGCUGCCUUUCUCUUACAAGAGAUUCUAUUUGCUGGGAUCUGAGCAACACUGGCAGCACACUGUGACUGACUUCCCCCAGCCAAGUCAGCUGGAGCCCUGCUAUUGAUUCCUGCAGAAUUUUGUGAGUUCCCUGCAUGCUUGUUAAAGGAUAUUUUCAGGAGCAGAACUUCCCAAUGCAGUUACUGUAGACGCCUCUUUACAACGACCUCAAGUAAUGACAGAACCAAGACUCUAAAGGCUAGGGGAUUCCACUCACUCUCCCGUCUGUAACCAUGCACCUAGCUACAAGUGACACUUGCACCCUGAUGAAGUCGUCAGCAGUGUACUUUCUUUAAGCCCAUGACUCUUAUGACUACGCAGUAUCGUAGGCAACUUCCUGAAGUCCCUACAGAGCAGCCUGUGAGUACGGCUCGGGUCAGAGCGCCUUACCAUCUUCUCUGUGAAAGCCAGGAACAGAAAAGAAAAAACACCAGCUGGGGAAAAAACGUAAUCAUGGGGGAUCAUGCAGCCUGUACCACAAUUGGAAAGGAUAACUCCACUAUUUGUCCAAGCAUUCCCUACGGAGACAGCAAGACACUUCUAAUUGCUGUUUACAGCAUUGUUUUUGCCAUUGGUCUUCCAGCAAAUUGCUUAACUUCCCUGCUCGCACUUGUACAAAUCCGAAGGAAUAAUGCAAUUGCCAUCUACAUUUUCAGCUUGUCAUUGUGUGAUCUGAUGUAUUUAAGUACCUUGCCUCUCUGGAUUAUCUACGUGCAACACGAUCACCGGUGGACUAUGGGUGAACAGGUUUGCAAAUUAACAGGAUUCAUAUUUUUCUGCAACAUAUACAUCAGCAUUCUGCUUUUAUGCUGUAUUUCUCUGGAUCGUUAUGUGGCACUGGUGUAUGCUCUGGAAUCAAGAGGCAGAAGAGGACGCAAAAAGGCAAUCAUAAUAGUAUGUUUUCUUGUUGCUGUGGUUGCAGUAAUCCACAGUCCAAUAUUUAACAUGAAUAGUAUACAUAACAAUAACUGCUUCGAGACCUUACCCCUUGACAAAACACUGGCUUCUUUCAGCUUUGCCAGAUUCCUAUUUGGAUUUGUCAUACCUUUCACAAUUCUCAUUUUCACCAACUACAAAAUCUUCCAAAGAACAAAAAUAAGUGACAGCGUGACUUGUCACCAGAAAGCCAAAGUGAAGUACCUGGCAAUUGCCAUAAUUGUCAUUUUCCUGAUGUGCUUUGCUCCCUACCAUGUGGUACUCCUAAUAAGAGCCAUAUACUUUAUGUUUCAUCAGGAUUGCUCGUGUCCAUUUGAAAAAAGUAUAUAUUCAGUUUUUACAGUGUUUCUGUGUUUAUCAACUGCAAAUGGCAUUGCUGACCCAAUCAUCUAUGUGCUGACUAGUGAAAAUGUCAGGAAAGAUUUCUACAGAAGCCUGAGAAGGUGGAAAUCAAACUCAUCCAGGCUCAACUCAUCCAUUAAUCAUAAGACUGACAGUAGCAAAUUGAAAAUGCAGAAAGAAUCACAAGAAGAAGUAUUAGGGGAAGAAAACAAAGCGAUAGCAAGUUCAUCACAGGUGCUGGAGACCAUAUGCAGUCAUAAUAGCAAAGACCCAGAAGGUGGUAGCUAGCAGUUUGCAGCUGCAGCUGGCUGCUGACAGCAAAGAAGUUCUCAAUGUGAGUUGCAGACUGCUCAGCGCAGCACACAAAUAUUUACAUGCUGAUGUCCAAAGGAAGGGUUGUGGGUUUGUUUUUUUUUGCUGUACGUGGGCCAGCAGCUCCUUGAAAACAUUACAGGAAUGUUACUUCUUAUUUCUGUUUCUCUCCUUGUAUGAGGUUUGCCCAUCAGUACCAUUAGUGAAAACCUUGCUUGGUGAAGAACAUGUGGAAUAAACUUUGAAAUCGACUUUCACUCGAACUGAAGUCUUAAAAGCUUAUUUUUGGACUCUUACAAAGUGAGAAUCAGUUUCUUCUUCUGAGCUGAACAAAAAGAAACACCCAACCUGGGAGAACAACGUGAGGCCCAUUCUUCUGGUUGAAAUCACUAGCUCUUCAGGAGGUACACGUUCAGAUUCUCAUGCAUGUAUCCUGUUGUUAAAGUUUGUGGUUAACCAGUGGAAAAUAUAAAAAAUGAGGAAGUCUUUCAUGAGCCUUGAAAAUGUUCCUAAUGCUUCAGUGUGCAGUUUAAUCUACCUUGCAUGUACUGAAUAAAGGGCAAAGCAGUGUCCUGGUAACGUGUACAAACAGUACUUCUACAGUAUUUGUCAGGAAACGGCACCAAACAGUCUUGAAAUGCUUAAAAAUGUACCCUUCUACUGCUUGAUAUUUUACAGUUGGUAGAUUUUCCUUGUUUUGUUGGUGUUAACUCUGGAAUGCGCUGAAAUGUUUAGAAAUUGCAGACAUUUUCAGGUGGAAUCAGGGACUGUUUUUAUGCCAUCUCCAAAUAUUUGUUGAACUUGUGUUUCAUUUCUGACUACGAUAAUGCUUCUCUCUCUGUAUCAAUCUGGAUUUUGGUGUGCAGGAUCUUUACAAGAGAUCCUUGGCCUUUUUGCCAAGGAAGCCUUCCUGCCAAGGAUGAAUGGAUGGCAGCAUGGAGAACACAGUCCCUUCUCCUCGUGGAUGAGACACACUGGUGGUGCACAGUGAGACUGUGCUGGGCAGAUUUCAUUGUUUCUGCCUCCAUUUUUGUUGUGUAUAACCUACUGAUGGCAGUAUCCUGUACCUUCAAACUAGAAAUCACCAAAUAAGAAGCAUCUAACCAUACCACCUGGCAAGACUUAUCUAAAAACCCUCUCGUAUUUUUAUGCGAACAAAAUAAAACAUCACAAAAGUACUGAACCAAUUGCAUGUUUAUUUCAGUACAAGUUUCUAAAGUGUUCCAUAGUGCCAUUCUGCU